UUACAUAGUAACUCUUUAAAUACGUGCUGCUGAACCUUCUGUGGACCUCUGUCGAGCUGAGUGGUCUGCUCCAAAUACAUUUAGAGAACUGUAAUUUCUAUUUUCUUCAAUUGGUGCGUGAAAAAGCUGUGCCAUCAUCAGAAGUGUAGAGACUUUCGCUGCUACGUGAAUAUACUGCUUCCGUCAACGAAUGAAUAAAAGACAAAGAAAUUUUAAACAACCGAGCUUAUUAAAUUAUUCGUAAUUGAAAUCGCAAAGUACUUUGAUUGGAAUUCAUAUUAAUUUAAUACAUUUUAAUAAAUCUUAUAAUAUUUCAAGAAUAAGCGAUUUUCUAUUUUCACAUUUAGCCUAAUUUAUUAUUCCAUUACUAAUUUCUCGUGUAUACUGACGUUGUUCCUAUUUUCUCUAACUGAAAUCGGUUGUUACUUUUUUGUGUUGGCACACCUGAGUGUGUUCUCAAAAUGAUGUUCGCAGUAUUCAGUUCGCUGGUCUUCAGAGUGGGUGCGUUUAUGUUAUCGCGUUAUUUGGAGUUCAAUGACAUUGAUGUCUCGACGGAAUCCGAUGAAUCUGAUAUUGAGUGCGUGAGUGUCGAAUCUGUGUGAACCACUUUCGUGUUAUUUAAUGUGACAACAAAGUUAUUUAAGUAAUCAGUUAAACAUCUGUUGCAAUUUUCUCUGACAAAAUCUAUUGACAAGUGAUUCAGAACACACCAAAAACGACAGUGAUCUAGUACAGUUUUGUUGACGUGAAUUGGAUAAUCGUUUAAGAGACAGAAAUAACUGUUCUGGGAUUUGCAUACAACAUUGCAUGAUUCAUCAAAACAGGAGGACUUACAUGUUCACUUGGUGUACGUCAAGAAGACUACGUAAGCACUUGGAGUCAUCCGCACACAAGGAACUUCAACAUGUUGAUGAGCAGUCCAUUGUAUAAUAGCUGUACAACAGAAGAAAACUGGUUGGAGCUGGCCAUCCCGAAGCUGGAGAACGGCAAGUUCGACAGCUGCCACAUGUACGCCAUCGACGACUACGGCGCGCUGCUGCAGGAGGGCCCGCAGGCGGCGGCGGCGGCGCGCCGCGAGGCGGCAAGGAGCGCCAUCGUGCCCUGCCGCUACGGCUGGGAGUUCGACCUGGACGAGGUGCCCUACCUCAGCAUCGCCGCCGAGUACGAGUGGGUGUGCGAGGACAACGUGCUGCCGACGGUGGCGCAGGCGCUCUUCUUCUGCGGCUCCAUGGUCGGCGGGCUGGUGUUCGGGUGGAUCGCGGACCGCUACGGUCGCGUACCGGCGCUCGUCGGCACCAACAUGAUCGGCUUCGUGGCCGGCCUCGCCACCUACUUCGUCACCAACUUCUGGCAGUUCUGCGUGUGCCGCUUCGUGCUCGGCCUCGCCUUCGACAACUGCUUCACCAUGAUGUACAUCCUCGUUUUGGAAUACGUUGGACUAAAAUGGAGAACAUUUGUGGCCAACAUGUGGCUGGUGUCUCAAGGCAGAGUAGAUGAAGCUAUUACAAUUAUGAAAAAGUUUGAAAAAGUGAACGGAAAGAAAGUCGAUCCUGCUGUUUACGAAGAAUUUAAAGACUGUGUCAAAAAACUUCAAAUGGAAGAUGAACUGCAGGAUAAAACUUAUUCAGUUUUGGAUCUUUUCCGAACGCCUAGAUUGAGAAGAUUUACACUGCUUAUGAUUAUUAUUUGGGGGUGCAUCUCCAUCAGCUUCGACGGGCACGUGCGCAACGUGACGGCGCUGGGGCUGGACGUGUUCCUGACGUUCACGGUGGCGUGCGCCGCCGAGCUGCCGGCCGACACGCUGCUCACGCUCACGCUCGACCGCUGGGGGCGGCGCUGGCUCGCCUUCGGCACGCUCGCCGCCAGCGGCAUCUUCAGCAUCCUCGCAGGCGUCGUGCCCCUCGGAAUUCCGUCUGCCUCCCUCGCCAUUGUGGGGAGGUUUAGCAUCAACAUAACGUACAACAUCGGGCUCCAGUACGCUGCCGAGUUGCUGCCGACGGCCUGAGGCUCAGCACGUAGAAUCGACUUUAUCGAUGCCCGACUCGGGUUUCGCUCGCAUGUCGAUGCGCGGGUCCAUCCGAGGUGAGAUGUACAGAUCCAGGAAGAUCCAGAUCCACAGGAACAGCGUCAUCCGAAGGUCCGUGAGAUCGAACAACGCGGCCCCCGCGGCUCCAGUGCCGACGGUUCAAAUCGAAUCCGAAAGUUCGGUUAAAACAUGAACUCUCUCCUGAAAGUGGCCCCAGUAUUCCGCGUAAAAGCUGUUCCGUGGCGAACUGUUGAAAGCGAUUGGACUGCAAGAGGAAGCAGAGAUCAAGAUCUCUCAUGAGAAGGCAAUGUAAAUGUGGGAGAAUUCUUGAAUACUGUCUACAAUCCUGUGUGAUGCAGAUAUUUGUGCGAUGCAGAAAGCUUCAUGGAGUCAGUAGUCGGCAAACGCUAAACAAAUUGCAAAUGAAAGAAUAUUUGUGCAGCCCAUAUGUUUGUGAACCAAGUUGCGCAUUUAGGCGCUCUUGUAAAACUAGCAUUUGAGAAAUUAUGGGAGAAAUUUUGUUAAGAAAUACUUGUUUGUGUUGAAUUUAACACAUCUAAACAAUGAUUGAAUCAAGAUGUUAAUGACAUUUUACGCUAUUAUAAAUGACGGAAAAAAGUAGGAUAGAACUCUCAAACCAAAGCCAAGAAUGUGUUCUUGUACAAUUAAGAACUUUUAUUGAGUGAUUUUGUA